AUGUAUUGUAAAGUUGAGUCCGAACGUUUAAAAUACAUUCGUUCUCACCAGGACCAAUUAAGAGCAACAGAAUACGUUAAUCUAGAGGAUGCAAUGCGUCAAGACGGUGAUGCAGCCAACGUUGGAAAACGUAUUAUUCUUCCUUCAACAUUUAUUGGCUCACCUCGGUAUAUGAAUAAACGAAUGCAGGACGCAAUGACAUACCUCGGUAAGUUUGGAAAGCCGGAUCUCUUCAUUACAUUUACCUGCAAUCCUACCUGGCCAGAGAUUAAAGAGAAUGUGUUCGCUGGGCAGCUGCCAGAGCACAGACAUGACAUUGUGGCGCGCGUUUUUCAUGCCAAGUUGAAGAAAAUGCUAUUUUUACUGAAGGUUUUGCAUAUUUUUGGCCCACAGUCUGCUUGGAUGUAUACUGUGGAAUGGCAGAAGAGAGGUCUUCCACACGUUCAUAUGCUAGCCUGGUGUCAGGAUAGAAUCCACCCUGUGGAUAUUGACAGAAUUGUAUCUGCUGAGUUGCCCGAUCAAAAUGCUGAUCCUCAGCUGCACAGCAGUGUGACAAAGCAUAUGAUUCACGGUCCAUGUGGUGACUUUAAUCCGAGAAGUCCAUGCAUGAAGAAUAAAAGAUGUUCGAAGCGGUACCCUAGAGACUAUUGCGGUCAAACCUGCACUACGAAUGACGGAUAUCCCAUCUACCGAAGGCGUGACCCAGGUUUGGGUGGUCGCACAGCUAGAAUUAGACAACGGCUAAAAACAUUCGAUGUUGAUAAUGCCUGGAUCGUUCCAUUCAACCCUUUGCUUUCCAAAACAUUUAAUGCACACAUUAAUGUUGAGUACUGCAAUUCG